AUGACGGAGAUUGCGCCCCGCCAAGUCACUCCGCCUGCUCUCCAAGCGCCCACCGCCAAAGAGAAGAAAUAUGACCGCCAAUUGAGAUUAUGGGCUGCCUCAGGACAACGCGCCCUGGAAGAAUCCCAUGUUCUCUUAGUUAUAGGGGAUGAUGCCUUCGGCUCCAACAGCAGCGUUGCUGGCGCUGAGACUCUAAAGAACCUCAUCUUACCGAGUGUCGGCAGUUUCACCAUCGCAGACUCGGCCAAAGUCACCGAAAGAGAUCUGGGAAUCAACUUCUUCCUCGAGUCGGACAGUCUUCACAAAUCAAGAGGAGACGAGAUGAGACGGCUGCUACAGGAGCUGAAUCCCGACGUCACUGGCCACGCGAUUUCAGCUCCCUUGGCGGAAUGGCUCCCUGUGCAAGGGUCCCUCAAGCCUUACAAUCUGAUCCUCCUCUGUGCUCCGGUGGCUCGGGAACCGCUCGAGAAGAUAUGUGGUUAUGCGUUAGAGAACUCAAUACCAGUCAUCUAUGUCCAGUCAGCCGGCUUCUUUGCCUCUUUCUCGAUUCAACUGCCUACUGAAUUUCCCAUUGUGGAUACUCACCCUGAUCCUGAGAGCACCCAAGAUCUCCGUCUUCUUGCGCCUUGGCCUGAGCUCGACGCUGAAGCCGAUUCUCUCGGAGACCUCACAUCGUUGUCAGAUCACGACCACGGCCACAUCCCAUACAUUCUCAUUCUCUUACACUACCUCAGACGGUGGAAGACAGAUCACGAUAACAAGUAUCCCUCGUCGUUCAAAGAGAAGACCGAAUUUCGGGACCUUGUCGGGUCUGGUGCAAGAACAAACAACCCCGAAGGCGGCGAAGAGAACUUUGACGAAGCCUGUGCCGCGGUGCUCAAGAGCAUCGCUCCGCCACCAAUAGGCAGUGGGUGCAGGGAGAUGAUGUCUAUGCCUUCCUGCACCAGCCUAACCACAGAUUCGGCAAAUUUCUGGGUUGUCGCAAACGCUAUCAAAACGUUCUAUGACACUCACGGUGUUCUGCCGCUCCCUGGAGCUCUACCAGAUAUGAAAGCCACCAGUGCAGAUUACGUCAAGCUUCAGACCAUCUACAAGUCCAAAGCACGAGCUGACGUGGCGGAAGUAACUAAGCUUGUUCGUCAAAUCGAAGCGUCUUUUUCAAGAACGGCUUCGCAAGUUCCAGACUCGGAGAUUGAAGCCUUCUGCAAAAAUGCCUCUCAUGUACGCGUCUUGACGAACCAGAACAGGGAGGUCAUCCCUUCACUCCGCCUGAUGGUGUCUGACCCCAAAGUCCUCUCCCGUCUCGCAUCCAUUAUUGAAAAUGAUUGGGAGUCCCUUUCCCCUGUCUUCGUCGCGCUCAACAACAAAAGCUUCUCGUCGGACAUGCAGCUCAACGUGGAUUCACUGUCAUCCGACCCUGAGAUGCGCGAGAACAUUACCAAUGCUAUCACGGAAGCCGAGCGUGUGGAGGGCGGUGAGCUGCAUAACAUUUCCAGUGUAGUCGGAGGCAUGGUGGCGCAGGAGGCGAUCAAGCUGCUGACAAGGCAAUAUGUCCCUGUCAAUGGAACUUGCGUUUUCGAUGGGAUAAAGAGUAAGUCUGGGGUCUUCAAAUUCUGA